AUGUCGAAGCAGGACAAGUUGCGGUACAAGGAGCUCAAGCGGCACCAAUACAUGGACUCCAUCAAUCGUGUGAAGGAGUUCUGCGAGCAGUACUUCAAGCAGACGACGAAUCGAGAUCACACCGGCAGAUACGUUGUUCGCAUGCCGAAACACCACGACUACGCUCAGAUGCUUGGCGAUUCGAAGGCUGCAGCCCAGAAGCGCUUUCGGUUGUUGGAGCAGAGGCUGGCUAAAGACAAGCAUCUGAAGCAGCAGUACGAUGACUUCAUGCGAGAAUACGUGACGCUGGGUCACAUGUUUCCUGUGCCGGUUGAAGAGGACAGCAUGGCUGCGGUUCACUACUUGCCGCAUCAUCCGGUGGUGAAAGAGUCCAGCACGACGACCAAGGUGCGUGUGGUUUUCGACGGCUCGGCGAAGACAACCACGGGGCAUUCUCUAAACGAUGUCUUGCAUGUAGGACCAGUCGUGCAAGAUGAGCUGCUGUCUCUCGUCGUGCGAUUCCGCAAGUAUAAGGUGGCGGUGAUCGCCGACAUCGAGAAAAUGUAUCGCCAGGAAACAGAAGUUGUGCAAACUUUUGAGUUGGCAACGGUGACGUAUGGUCUGGCUCCAUCGUCAUUCCUAGCAACACGUACGCUACUUCAACUAGCUGAGGAUGAAGGCGCUCCUUAUCCUUUGGCAACUGAAGCCGUAAAGAAGACCUUGUACGUGGACGAUUUGAUCUCCGGCGCAGAAAGCAUUGAGCAAGCAAUUCAACUUCGUGACGAACUGACCAGUCUCAUGAACUGGAACUAUGCGCAGCCUUGCUAG